UAUAUUCUUUAUGAAACAAAAUGAGGACAAUACAGCAGUGCUAGAAGCUUGUCAUCUCUAUAUAUAUAGAUGCCUACAUACACACACACAUGUAUAAUUUCAGUAGGAGUAGUAAAUUAGUAAUCAAACAAGCUAGGCUGAAGAGGGAGUGAAGGGAUUGCAAAUGGAGGCUUCAUACAAAUUUUAUUUGGUGUUGGUUUUUGCUAUGUUUUUCACCAAACAAGCCUUGGCAGCCCAACAUGUUGUUGGGGGAAGCCAAGGCUGGGAUGAAUCUACUGACUUCAGUUCAUGGUCUUCCGGUCAGACAUUUAAGGUCGGCGAUCAACUCGUUUUCAAGUAUACUGCACUGCACAGUGUGGUUGAACUUGGUAGUGACAGUGCCUACAAGAACUGUGACAUUGGUAGUGCCACAGAUUCAAUGAAUGGUGGUAACAGUGUGGUUAAGUUGAACAAGGCCGGUACACGCUACUUUGCUUGUGGCACAUUAGGCCACUGUGAUCAAGGGAUGAAGGUCACGAUUAAAACAGUGUCCGCGGCCGACGCUUCCUCUGCACCUGGAUCGUCUUCAUCUUCUACGCCUAAUUCGACUUCUGCAGCUUCUGCAUUUCACUUUGCCACAUCCUUUAUUCUGUUAAUUGCAUCGAUGUCUGGUUUUCUCUUCAUAAUUUAAUUAAUUAUUAGCAAGGAGUCUGUUUUGUAGCUGCAGUGUGGAGGUUGUUUGUAAGUUUGAUAUGUUUUGUUAAACUAAUUAUUGUAUUGAUCAUAUGAUAGAUUGAAAGAAAUUAAAGCUGAAUAAAAUUAGUCAGGAUGACUAUAAUCCUGGCCGGGUUUUGCA